AAGAACGCAAUGAAUAGGCCAAAUUUGACCAAAUAAAUGCAUCAUGCUGUUCGUUUGAUUUGAUUUUUAGAUAUGAUUGCCUUAGUUGGGUUAGUGUUCAAAAUGGGCAUUCGGUUCGUCUUGGGUAAGCUACACUACACGGUGCCUCCUGUCUCUCUUUACAUGCUUUUUAAAAAAGAAAAAAAAGCACCGUACUCUACCCGGCAUAAACAGAUUGGCAGAGGUCUCUUAUUUCUCCGCGCACCGGUUGGCUGGGCAAACCGUCAUGUCCACGUUGACGGCCUGUAUAACAAAUGGGAGGGCUCUCGGUGACGUCAAAGGUGUAGGAGAGAGUCACAGUGGGACAGCCAGAGCGCAGCGAACAGCUGAAAUGAAGAGUGAGCGGCGUAGUGUGCCUAGCCUCUGGAUCUAAUAUCACCUACCUGCCCUUGUCACUCUGGUACUCCGCACAGCUAACAGUAUCAGCCCGAGAUUCAUAUUUGCUCUUCCUUCAAUCAAAACGCCGUUGCAUUUUCAUCCAACGCGAAUAAUGCUGGGUUUCUUCUAAAGACAUUUUAAGCAGUUUAAACAACUUUUUUUUAAACAUUAAUUUGCCAGAGGAGACGUGUUGCUGUGAAUCUUAACACCACUGAUUCCCCCUUUUCUCUAUCCGUCGGACGUCUCUCUUUUUUUGCUUGCACUGAGGGAACGUAAUCCACCUCUGACAGCGAGUUUUGCGCGCUAUCCUAUUCAUAUGAACUCUAUGAAGGAUCCAUUGAAUUUGGACCAUCAUCACCACCACCACCUAACCGGGACUAAACUCUCCUCCACGCACCACACAGCACUAGCAAUGGCCUCUAGUCUGCAGCCGUUGCAGCGGUCUGUGGACUCCAAACACCGGUUAGAGGUGCACACAGUAUCAGACACCUCCAGUCCGGAGUCCGUAGAGAAAGACUCGAAGGGCCAGAGCAAAACUGACGACUCUUCAGAUGAUCCUUCUAAAAAGAAGCGACAGCGGCGACAGAGGACUCACUUCACAAGCCAGCAGCUACAGGAACUGGAGGCCACGUUCCAGAGGAAUCGCUAUCCGGACAUGUCUACAAGAGAGGAGAUAGCCGUGUGGACCAACCUCACAGAGGCCCGCGUCAGGGUGUGGUUCAAGAACCGGCGAGCAAAAUGGAGGAAAAGGGAAAGAAACCAGCAAGCCGAGCUAUGCAAGAACGGCUUCGGUCCUCAGUUCAAUGGACUUAUGCAGCCCUAUGAAGACAUGUACCCCAGCUACACAUACAACAACUGGGCCGCCAAAGGGCUAACUUCGGCCUCCUUGUCCACCAAAAGCUUCCCUUUUUUCAAUUCCAUGAACGUCAAUCCUUUGUCAUCGCAGACGAUGUUCUCCCCGCCCAACUCCAUCUCUUCAAUGAGCAUGACUUCCAGUAUGGUGCCGUCCUCGGUUACUGGCGUGCCCGGUUCGAGCCUCAACAGCCUCAAUAAUUUAAACAACCUUAGCAACCCCUCUCUGAAUUCGGGAGUUCCCACGCCAACCUGCCCGUACGCCCCGCCGACCCCUCCUUAUGUGUACAGGGACACUUGUAACUCCAGUCUGGCAAGCCUGAGACUGAAAGCCAAGCAGCACUCGAGUUUUGGAUACACCAGUGUUCAGAAUCCAGGCUCAAAUCUGAGCGCGUGCCAGUACGCCGUGGAUAGACCAGUGUAAUACCUGAGAAUUUCACGAGCCCCAGUCAGAGGAACGAGAGACUACUUCUUUUUUGUUUUCAGAAGGGCACUAGAAUACUAAACCACCGAAACCCGCGAUGGAGUUUCAAACUUAAACGGAAGUAAUUAGGCUUUUUUUAAAUUUUAUCCUAAUUAGUAUUUUGUUCUACACCGGCGAGUGGAGAAUGUAUGAUACUUUACUUUCCACGCUUGUUUAUUUUGAGGUUUCUAAUUUUGGACGUUAAUUGACUGAAAGGUUGUAUAUAUAUCGAAAUAUCAUCUCCAGUUUAUUGAGGCGAAUGCUGUUGCUCUCCAGUUUUCUCAAGGUUAAAUUUAACAAAGCAUGUGAAAACCCUAAAGGAAUAAUGUUUUGCUUGCAAACAAGGGAAUGUACAUACUAAACGCACCAGUUGUGUGUUUCUAACAUAUUAUAAAUUUAUUAUUAAAUGUCUGUGUGAAUAUCGAUUUAGAGUAGCAAUCGUGCGUAUAAAAAGACGCAUCAAAUGUUCCUGCGAAAUUAAAUUGGUUUUGCUCUGUGUAUACUAUUUAGUACGGAAUUUUGUUUCGUUUUUUUUCAACAAAAAAAUAAAUAAACUAUUGUGUUUUAUUUAAUGGAAGUAAAUAUAUUGUUCAAAACGUUUUGUUGAGGAUUUUUGUGCUGAUCAAAGUGUUAGUGUGAGUUUUGUCGAGUCUAUAGUGCAGGGAAUGACAGUGUGUCUAUCGGGGUUCGAUUAUGCGAGCUACCAGGCCUACUAAUCUAAAGCGAAAACAAUGGCCCUCUCCAAUACACAUAUGAAUCGAGACGCAGGGAGAUGCACGGGUGGAGAGGGCGAGAUGCCCCGCCAGAUUAACUGCUGAAUACAUGUCUGCUUUUUAGCCAAGGGCCCGGAGUGAUCACUGGUGCUUGAAAUAACACUGGAAUCAACAAACUGGAAUUGGACCACACAACAAAGGCCCGAGCUCAUUACCUUCUGACAUAAUAAUCACGAGUGCUAUAUAUAUAUAGCCAAACAAUGAGCAGCACUGGAAGUUUAAGAUGCGCCUCUUGAUGCAGUGGAAAGUGAUUAUAGACUUACAUAACAUUCUAUAUCACAAAAUAAUCAAUAAUACCAAUACAAUGUUAGCAUCUUGUUUUUAUUUUGAUUUGUGCAAUGUUCUACAAAUCUCUCAUAAACACAACGAUUAACUAUUGCAAAACUAUUCUCUAGCCUAUUGAGAUAUAGGCUAUAUGACAGGCCUAUGGCGUCGUGUUCUGGGCGUAGAUGUUCAUAUUGUAAAUAUUUUCACUUUUGCUAUAUUUGUUGUGCAGAUCUACAACAAUCUGUCUUUUCAAUAAGAUAACAACACCAAUCAUAAUAUCAAUAACAAUUGGCUAACUAUGACUCCGAUAAUAACAAUGUUAUACUUGGCUGAAUAGUACAUUAAACAUUUUUAAAUGUGGCCUACUAUUUUUUCCAGAGAGCCCAUGCACCUUCUUUUACGCAUUGUGUUGACAUGUUCGUUCCGGCAUUGUAGUUUUGUCUAUACAGUCCUGUUUACAAUAUGCUGUGGUCCGUUAUCAAAUGCACCAGUGCGUUUAUAGAAAAUCAAAACAACUACAAGGCACCGAGAAAAUAUAAUUCACAAGUUUGAACAAACAAAGAAAGGUAUGUAGCUCGGGGACGGGGGAGGCUGAGACUUGUGGUCUAAUGUCAGCGCAGAGCUUGAGAUCAUUGUAGAGCGCUGAUGAAAAAUGGAAGAGUUACCACUGUUGGCCACACAGAAUUAUUUCAUAUUUGCAGGUGACCCCUUGUUCAUUUGAUAAUGUGUUAUUCAUUAUGCCCAUACAAUGUUUGAAACAAUAAUUGACCUAAUUUAGUUGUGCUGUAGCGAAAGUCAAUCACUAUUUUAUUAGCACAUAUUAAUGCGC